GGAUUAACUAGACAGAUGUGAACAUCAUGACAUGUUUAUUUUCUUCCAGAGUAAUCCGCUAUUAUACACACACCGGUUUUAUUUUAUUUCUUUGCACUUUUUUAUUCAGUCCACAAUUAAAUCCGACGCUUUACUGUUUUUUUUUUCUACGCGGAUUUUUCACCCACAUGGCAACCACACUGGUCACGCAUCCUGUGGGAGGGGAUUUUCUUUAGCUCCGCUGUGUAAUUGGAUGUCAGGCUUCAUCUAAGGGCCAAUCGGAACGUUCAGAGGAAAGCGCGGGAGGAGGAAGCUUGCGCGAGUGCACCGCCAAUGGCUGCGUCCCGAAUCUAUCUGAUUUGGUAAUGUAGUUCGGUACAAAGACAUUCAUUCGCAACCCGUGUAGUGCACUUAGUUAGGGGAUAAAGUGUCGGUUUAAGAUGCAGCCUGUGCAGUCGUGUGCACCGGUCAGAUAAACACACAGAGCUGACAGGAGAAAUAACUGAGAUUAGUAUGAGCUAAUGAUAAUAUCACCUUUUAUACGGCUUUAACAGCACAGUUUUCGGCUAUAAUCAGAUCCAGGAUGGAGGACUGGAGUCUCUCACAGUCCUCACAGAGAAGAAGCUUCACAUCGCUCAUUGCGAGUCGACUCGGGAGGAAGCGGAGGGUUCAGACUCAGAGCGAGCUUCAGGAAGCAUCCAUACAUCUGAUCAACCGCAACCAGAACAUCUCGGCCCUCCUGCAGGAAACAGCCGUGAGUGUGUGUUCAUCACCGGCCUCAGACAUUCCACUGGCAGGUGCAGGAGGUCACACACACACCUGUGAGGUGAGUUCGGCUCUGACAGACAGGAGUACGCUCCGUGCUGGAGAGAUCAGAGCUAGUGUGCUGGAGUGUGAGCUGCGCAGGCAGGCGGAGGAGCUGUGUGUCCCCGUCUCUGUACUGUCUGUCAGGAUGGUGAUGGACAGAGUCACAGCUCUGCAGGGAGAUAAAGACUCUGCCAUGAUGGACUCUGCCCAGAGGGCUGAGCUCAUCUUGUUAUUGCGUGCGACCCGAGAGCUGUUAAACCUGGGAGUGUUUAGCCCCAAACUGUUCUGGCAGGAGUACUGGAAAAGCCAGCCUGUGCUGGAAGUGUUGUAUCGUCUGCACACUGAGGAGCUCCUUCCACUGCAAUACACACUGACCAGUGAGGCUGGUGUGUCUGCAUGGUUGUUGUCUCAGUUACAGUCGCUGUGUGAAUGUGGAGUGACGGAGGAAGAAGGAGACGUGCGUCAUCACAUCCUCUCCACUGUGGUGUGUGUGUUGGUCCGUGUUGGAUUUGAGGAUGUUCAGGACUCCAGUGUGUCUCACUCCUGCUGUUCAGUGCUGGACAGUAUGCUCUCCUGGUUUCUGGAUUCACUAGAAAACUCACACACCUCACAGCGUGUACCAGCUGCAGCAAUUUUGCUCCGUGUAUUCGAGACAUCUGUGUUUGGCAUGUCUGUGUCAGAGGAUGCUGUACGCCGGUUCUUCACUCACACGCUGACACACACACUCACACAUCGGCCCCGCCUGAAAGUGUCAGACGCCAUAGCGAUGCAGAGUCAGUGGAGUUUUGCUAAAACGUCUCCGUUGAUGACGUCACUGUUCUGUAAGGUGUGUGUGGUGUUCAGUAUGGAGGAGGUGUGUUCUCACCUGCAGCAGGUGUUAGACACCCUGGAAGUGAACUGGCAGAAUGUUCUGUCCUGCAUUUCAACACUGUUGGUGUAUCACACACACACACAGGCCUGCCUCAAAGAGUUGUUGUCCAGGUUGCUGAGCUCGGCGUUUCACUCGUACGAUGUGGAGAAGAUGAUCACUUCCUUCCUGUUAGCUCGACAGGGGGCGCUAGAGGGUCCUGCUGUUUUUCCCUCCUACAGUGACUGGUUCAAGAUCUCCUUUGGCGGGGCGAGUGGUUACCAUGGUAACAGUAAGAAGUCGUUGGUGUUCCUGUUGAAGUUCCUGUCUGACCUCGUACCCUUUGACCCUCCGCAGUACCUGAAGGUCCAUGUCAUGCACCCACCCUAUGUUCCGGGGAAACACCGCUCUCUCCUGCAGGAGUUUAUCUCUCUGGCCAGGACACGCCUAUCUGACCUCAAGGUUUCUGUUGAGCAGAUGGGAAUGUAUGAGGUGGUCUCAGGUGCUGUAACUGAGGUUCAGCCAGAGUGUGUUGCACAGAAGGAUGUGGAAAAAGCUGUAGCAUUGUUUCAGAACACUGGCAGGAUCUCAGCCACUGUGAUGGAAGCCAGUAUAUUCAGACGGCCAUAUUUUCUGUCCCGAUUCCUUCCUGCUCUGUUAACACCACGCGUGCUUCCAGAAAAACCUGAUAAUCGCAUGGCCUUCAUCGAGGCACUGAAGAAGGCAGAGAAGAUCCCUGCUGCUCUGUACGCCUCCUACACCGAGUCCUGUAUGAGACAGCAGCAGGGAGCAGGUGUGUGUGACUCAAAGGAUCAGGACCCUCAGAUGGGUUUUCACACUCAGUUAAUGGAGCUGAGGAGGUUGCUGUCUACCGGGGCUGCUGAAGGAGAGGUGCGAGCGCAGGUCUCCAUGCUGUCUCAGACGCUGAACGGUGUGUGUGAUCAUCUGGACAAACUGAGCGAGUGUGAGAUCAUAACUCUGACCCUGGACACACACACUCCUUCACACACACCUCCUGUUGUAAACGUGAUCCUGAAGGGUUUUUGUGAGUGUGUAAUGGCUGCGUGUAGAGUUGCUCCUCCAAACAGUGAACUUGACCGUGUGUGUAGGCAGUGUCACUGGGUUGGAGUGUUUCUGAAGAUGUUGAUAGGACACACACAGCUGUACGCACACAUCCUGCACAGAGUACUGCAACUACUGUAUCUUCAGGGACCGUCUCUCUCUCCUGCCCAUGUCCUGGCUCUGGCGGUGUUGGUGGUGGAGCUGCAUGUGUGUAGAGAUCAGUUUCCACCAGUGGACCUGUCUCACUCCACCUGUCUCACUCACUCUACCCGUCUGUCGCCAUCUGAGGCCCUGAGUAAUGCUUUACCUUUUUCUACUGCAAGUGGCAUGGAGUUCUCUCUCAGGUUCUGUGUGGUGGCAGUGUGUUAUGCUCUGUGUAAAUCCAGUUCACACACUGAGGAACUCACACACUUCAUCCCCUCUCACCUCUAUAAACGGUUGCUGUUCCUCAUGCCGAGGCUUAUGCCAGAGCUGCGUUCAGGUGUGUUAGCAGCAAUGAGACAAGAUGAUGAUGAUGAUGAUGAUGAUGAAGAAGAUGAUGAUGAUGAAGAUGAGGGUGUGUGUGCGUGGGUGAGUGUGACUGACUGCAGGAGGAGUGUGAGGAGCUCUGUCAAAGCACUGUGGGGACAUGCCACCAUAAGGAACCUGCAGAAACACCCAGAACACCAGUUGUCAUUCUCUGAGUGGCUGAUGUUCGAGCUCAGAGUGCAGCGCAGUCAGGAUGCUCUGUCUGAUUCAGAGAGGCAGGUGUAUGAGCGGUGGGCGUGUCAGCAGUGGCUCCUCCCACUGUCUGUGAGCGCAGGAGGCUGUAAGGGAAACACAACAGCAGCGUGUACACACAUAAUCAAUGCUGUGCUGGAUGCAAGUGUGUCUCCAGUGCCGUAUUCACCAGCUCCUCCUCACACAGACUCCUGUCGUGUAGACAUUCUGGCCAGACUGCAGGAGCUGCUGUGGGAGCUGCAGUUCACACGCAGUAGUAGAGUGAGAGAGAAGGAUCUCUUCCUGUGGGAUCUGAUCGAGCAAAGGUGCUCAGUGACCUUUGACCCCAAGAACAUCAGCUCUGAGCUGGAACACCAAAGAAUGCUGCACACCUGCAACAGUGUGAUCCUUGCUGUUCCGUCUCCGCUCCUGGUGUGUGUGUGUUCUGCUGGAGGAAGAAAAAUGCUGGACUGCACAGCGCUCAUGGAUCACAUCAAUAAUCACCAGAGGAGGGUGUGUUCUCCUGCGGGUGUUCUUUCCUGCUCCUUGACGAUCCACUUCCUCUCAGCGGUGCUUAAUGCGAGUGUGAGUUGUGAGUCUCCUGUUGAAGCUGUUAAUGCGACUUUGUCUCAGCUCAGUGUGCGCUGUCCCCUUCUGCUGCUGUCCGCUGCGCGGUGGUGGGCGUGGGUCUCUCCAGUGCUGUGUUGUUUGUGGGAGCGUGUGAUUGGAGGGCAGCAGCCUGAAAUGCUACAGCUACUGAAUGACUGCACUCAGUGGGCCUGCAGGUGGGUGAGGGGUCUCCCAGGUGAUGUACCCUCAGCUCCUGCGCUGGUGUUAGCGGUGUGUGUGCACAGUGCAGUUGAACAGCAGGGCGGUGACACUGAGCAUGUUAAAGCUGAGCUUACACUGAUACAGCAGCACAGAGAGGUGCUGAUUUUUCUGCUCUUCUUCUACAUAACAGACCUCCUCUCUGAACACCUUUCACCACAGGCUGAUCGGAGUGUGAGCCGUGCUAAAGGCCUCAGUGUUCAGCUCAUCACACUGUUGGCUGACUCUUCUGAUUGGCUGUCUCUAUUCCACCAAUCAGGGCGCAGUAUGGAGCAGGAGCACAGUUCAGAACGGCGCAGUGCAUAUACCAAUUUCGUCUCCAUGGUAACCACGGACCUGUGUGCGCGGCUGAUGCCGUUUGCGUUGUUCAGCGUGUUGGUGGAUGUUAAGGUGAGUGUGUUGAGCAGACUGAUGGUGACCCCAGGGUUCCUCCCCCUAGCUGUGAUGUCAUACACAGCGCUGAUGAAGCUCUUCCUGCUCGGACACACUGCAGACAUCAGGGCUGACCCACUGCAGCAGAUCCUGUGUGCAGCUCAGAACAUUGUUCUGAAGAGCAUCUCUUUAACUCACCCAGGCUCCAUCACACGCAGCGAAUUAAGACAGAUGGAGGCGGAGUGUACGGACCUCAACCCCGAGCUGGCGGCCGCUCUCUCUGCUCUGAUUAACCCUGAUGACCUUUGACCUGCAGGACUUUUGGCUGAUGAGAGGACUUCUUAUUGUUCCUGUUUGUCAUUCAUGAUGAACUCUUGCUGCAGGAGGAUUGUGGGUGAUUAUAGACAGACAGUCAGAUGUGAUUGACAUGGGCACACAGAGGAAGUCCACUGAGCAGGACAGGAAACGGGAAGUAAACAGACUUGACUGUGUCGCGUACACGUGAAAUGUGAAAUACAAUAAAACACAGUGACGCAUUGAAGUGCACUUAAGUGUGUUAGUGGUCACUUUAGGGUGUAAGGGGCAUCAGAGUGACCACUUAGCCUGGCAUGUUGCUUUGUACACAUAAAACACCUGAUUGGAACACAGCCAGUGUGAUCCAAGUGUCACUGUGUGUGUGUUAAACGUUGCAAUACACUGUAUUACUGUGUGUGUGUGUGUGUGUGUGUGUGUGUGUGUGUGUGUGUUCAGGCUGCACAGCUCUCAGCUUGUGUCAGCCGUGUGUGUGUUGUUUUCUUGUAACAGCGGGUGCACCAUGCUCAUGUGGACGUUCAGGUUGUGCGCUUUCUCGAAGCGUCGCUCGCACACGCUGCACGCAAACUCUAGCUCUGCCUCCGCCUUGUGCUUGGUCAUGUGAUACUUCAGAGACGCUCGCUGACGACACUGAAACCCACACACUUCACACCUGCAACACACACACACACAGUUAAGACUGGAGUUCUGUAGGUCACUAGGUGCUGUGUGUGUGUGUGUGUGUGUGUUCGUGUGUGUGUGUCUCACUGAAGUGGUUUUGCUCCUGAGUGUCUCAUCUGGUGCACAGAGAGGUGUUUCCUCUGUUUAAACGUCCGACCACACUGAUCACAGAUGUAGUUCCUUACCUCUGAAACACACACACACACACACACACACACACUCUACAGGUUAUACACACUCUACAUACAAACACACGUUCACAAUAUGCACAACAUUUACAUUCACACUACACACAUGCUAUACACAAACACACUACAGGUUACACACAUGCUGCAUGUUGUAUGCACACGAUACAGUCAGUACACACACACACACACACACACACACACACCUGUGUGUAUGAGUUUGACAUGUCUCUGCAGGUAGCGGUCGAUCAUGAACACUUUGUUGCAGCCUGGAUGAGGACAGGGACGUUCCCUCACUUCCUCAUGGUGUUCCUUCACAUGCUUCUGUGUACACACACACACACACACACACACACACACACACGUGAGGUUGUGUAUUCCUUAAGGCAGGUAAUUUACCUGUUAUAAUAACUAAAAAUGAAACUGUUCUAUAAAUUAUGUCAGCUCAGGCCUGGUGUGAUCCCUCGGUGGAAAAUUCGGUGGUGCGACCGUCCAAGAGAGCAAAACUAUCCAUGCUCAGGGUGGGAGGGGUUUACUCUCUCUCCCCUGUCAAUCACAGUGACAGUAACCAAUCGUGUGUGUCUGUGAGCUCAUGUAUGUGGAAGAGGGCUGACAGCGCGUUCCUCUUCUGAGUGUGUUCCAGCGCCCUGUGACGCAGCAGGUGAGAAGAUGCAGGUGUUGACCUUCAACCUCACAGGUUAGCAGCUGCUGUAUGAUAGAACAGAGCUGGCUGGUGGGUGGGAACUGG